AUGAAACAGAAACAUUACCUUCCAGAUUCAAGAUUAGUUGGUAUUCAGUUAACUGUUUCAACGCAUUCUGGUCCUCAAGUAAUAUUUCACUAUCCGCCAUGUUCCCCUAGUCAUCUGUCAAAUAAGAGGAAUAAACACAAGAAAGUAUACCCGAAGAAGGCGGCCAACACUCUAUUGACACCUGUUGAUUCAAUGAAUAAGUCAACAGAUCUACGAUUGGGUAAACAAAGAUCGAUUGAUAAUAAUAGCGCUCAUAUGAGUAUUCCCAGUUUAAAAACGAACUUUACUCAAUCUGAUUUAGUGCCUGAUAAUGAUAGAUAUCUUGACAAUUUUGAUAGCACUUCCGACUCUGAUAUAUCUUCUGGAUUGAGCGAUAGUGAAAUAUCUACAGAUAAUUCAGAUAUGAGUAGCUUUUCUUCAAACUCUUCUGAUGAGAACGAGCAGCUCUUUAAUAAUAGACUCAGUAAUUACACCUCACAACAGUCAGGAGGAGCUAUUAGUACUCCUACUGAUAUAAGAUCAUCUUCCUUAGAUGCAGACUCUAAGUUAUUAAAUGGCAACUCAUCGCACAGCAAUAAUCAAAGAAAUAAAUCCUCCCAAAUAAGUGCCAACAAACUUUUGGAAAUGUUUAAUAAUGAUAUUACAUCAUCAAAUACAUUAAAGAGGAGGUCAUCACUAGCUUCGAAGUUAUCAUCUGUUAACUCUAUAGAUGAUCUAACGGACUCUGUUAAAAUUGAUGGAGAUGAAUAUGAUUACAAUGAUACGGAAUUAUUAAAAGAACUUGAGAAGAAUUCAAUUAGUUAUAACGAUGAAUUUUUUGAUUCCGAUAUUUUUCAAGACAUUAAUAAAGUAUUUGGUUUUGACUCAGAAUUUAUAGCUGAAGUUUGCAGCCCAGAUAGGGAAAUGUGUAAUACCAGUUUUGAAUUUACUGUGGACAAUCUAUGUUUUUUAGGAUUACCAAUUCAUUCAGACAAAGAUGGUAACUGGAGAACAUCAAAAAAUAAGAGCAAUAGGAAAAGUGCAAAGACUUCUAGCACUCAUUCUAAAGGAAGCAGAAGGCACUCUAUCAAUUCGAAAGAAUCAACUUCUAAAACGAAUGAAGAUGAAAAUAUUGAAUCAUCUGAAAAUCAUGAUGAUGAAGAUGAUAAGAGUUAUAUGAACCCUAUUGCUAUGCAUGAUUUAAAUUCGCCAGACUACGAAAAAAAUAUGAACAUGUUUCAUGUAUGCUUUGUGAUGAAUCCACCAAUAUCUGAAUAUAAUCAAAGAGUAGAUGAUAUGUAUCAUUAUAUUGUAAUGAGAUUAGCGCACACGUUGAAAAUUCUCCAAGCAAAAUCAUUUUAUGUCUCAAAAGAGGUCGAAAUACUUUUAAAAGAAAAAGAAUAUGUUCUUAAAUCUUCAAGAGUAUAUAAGAACUUAAAAGGGGCAGCUAACAAAGGGCAAUAUUUAUAUCAAAGAUUAUUGGUUCAGUCAUCUUUAGCUAGGGCAUUGGUUACAUGCUUUGAUACUAUCCAUAAAAAUGACAUCGUAAAUUUAACAUUAGAUGAAAAAGUUGUAACUUUGCAAAUACCUAUUCAUGAUGAAUUUUGGAAGUUACCGCAGUAUAAGAUUGAACCUGUGCUUCGAGGUUCUCAUCUUACUAGUAUUCUAAAUUACGGUUUCUUGAAAUCCACAUCAACAAAAAAUAAAAAAAAAGACAUAAACUCCAAUAACUUUGCUGAUGACGAUAAUAUUGAUAACGACAUUUUAAAUUAUGCAUUAUUACUAAAAGAAGAGCAAAAUGUUAUUAUUGAAAAGUUAAAAUCUUUCUCUCAGGAUGACAAUAUAGGUGGAUUGAUCCUACGACAGUUAGUUAAGCAUAUUCAACCCAACGUUCCAAUUCGUUCUUACCAGCCUCUGAUCAACGAAUUGAUGGGUGUUAAAGAAAAUGAUCCGAAUAGAACUAUCUUUCAUAUAAAUAUUUUAAAAUAUUGUGCAUUACAUCUAUUAUAUUGGAGACAUGCCAGAGCUGUUAUUCCAUUGAGUUCCAAAUAUACAUAUAUUGUAAGUCCGUUGUCACCAUUAGUUGGUUCUUCUAAGGAUUAUAUUAGUGAAGGUUCUUCCCACUUCUCUUUUAACAGAAGGGAAGAUAAUCAUUAUGAACCACUUUUUUACCAACACCAAAUAGAAUUUGGUCAAACUUUCCCAUCAUUACCAUCAUUAGUCUCAUUUUUAAGCUUAUUAUCGAAUGGAAAACCCAGACCAUUUGGUACAAUAAUACCUUCUAAAGAGCAUAAACCCAUUUAUUUAGGGGCAUUGGCAUGGUUAAUAAGAAGUGGUUAUUUAACUCAAUUAUUAACAUAUGUCUGUAUACGUAUAGAUAGUCAGAUUAAGAUGGAGGUAGAUGAAGAUCUGGAGAGAGAAGGCUUUAAAAUGAAUUCCAAGAAAUCAAAGGAAAAUGUUCAUAAAAACGAAGUACAAAUUGAUAACAUAGUAGCAGUUAAAAAAAAUCAAUCCUAUAACAACAGGUUUGAACCAAGUAGUACUAAUGAUGAGAGUCGCGGUAAUGCUAUCUCGGAGAUAGCAAUGUAUGAAGAACGAUUACAAUUUGCGUUUGAUGAUUUAGAAUUAGAGAAAGACUAUACAAUUAUUUUAGAACCUGAAAAAGCAGGUGCUAUUGAAAGGAGAUGGAUUGUAAAAUGUGUCCAUGACCAGCCGGCUGACGUUCAAAUACUAUUCAAUAGACUAUUGAAGUAUUUUAAUGGUAAAGUACCGAUGGAAGUCGUUGCAUUGAAAGAAAAUUUAACAAAACACGAAAUUAAGAAAGUUAUGCAUGCAAUGAAUAAAUAUUUGAUAGAAAUAAAGCAUUGGUAA